AACGAAGUGGUUCGCGACAGGCUGUCAGUAACGCAGUAACGAGAAGUAGAUAGAAAGUCUAUAAUAAACUACAAAGAGUAAAGUAAGAAUUUGGUUAGAAUAUUGAUUUAUUUGGUACAAAGAAAUCUAUCGACAGCGCGGCAGCGACACAAUUUUUUAGGCAGUGUACACAUUUUAUAUAAAAACAUUAUCUUAAUAACUCUAUGGUGUGGGGAGUAGAAGGUCUAUGGUAAGAACAUUCUCUACUGCUUUGCGUCAUGUCAUGGCUGGCAUGAAAUAAAGCUUUCUUGCUAUGCUUGAUUUCUUUCCUUACUUACAAACGAGUGCUUAGUUUUCUUCGAUUGUGAUAUCCGUCAAAAUUCGUUUAUUUACACUUUCUUGUACGCACAUUCAAAGUGAUCACUUUCUGGUAAAUGGAAGUGAAGAGAUAAGAUAUAAUGGCAAUAAUUGUUUAGCGAGCGUUUGUACAUAGGUUUCUCUCACAAUGAACGAAGGCGCGGGGGAUUGGAUUUGUAGCGAUCCGAGUUGUGGUAACAUAAAUUUUGCGCGUCGAGUAUCGUGUUAUCGUUGUAAUAAAGACAGGCCCGAUGGAGGGAAAAUGUUUAAAAAGAAACUUGGCACGGAAAUUGGAAAAUCGGCUGCAGAAAAGUCUCGCGGCUUAUUCAACGCCGAUGAUUGGCAGUGCAAUAAAUGUGCAAAUGUAAACUGGGCCCGGCGUACGACGUGCAACGUCUGCAAUGCUCCGAAGUUCGGUGAAGUGGAGGCGCGAACCGGCUACGGCGGAGGGUACAAUGAGCGCGGAGUUGUCGAGUAUCGCCGCCGAGAGCCUUCUUCUGAUGAAGAAUAUGAUGAAUUUGGAAGAAAAAAAAGGAAACGCAAAUUAGACACGCAGAAUACGGUCGGCAUCACUGAAGGACCUCUAGCCAAAAAAUUGCCACCAGCAUUGCUGCAGAUGGAACUAAACCAGGAUGCAAAGGGAGAUCCUGCACCCAAUGUCUCAAUGCAGACUAAUAGAGACGCUGAAAAAACACGGCGCACUCUCAGCGAGAGUUCCAUGUGUGAUCUACCUCCACUUAGCAAAAUGGCAUUUCGAAGGCAUCAACUUGAAACUCAAACUAAAUAUAAUGGAAAAGAUCACAUGUUACCAUCAUAUAAGACCAAUGGAACUUAUUUGCGCAAAAGAUUUACUGAACAAGACUCAUUGAAUAAUAAAAUUGCCUCAAAAAUUCUUAAACAGGAGAUAAAUAAUGGCCUUUCCACCAAGAGUUUUGAUCAAAAUAAAGCUAUAAAUGUACAAUCAUUUAAACCUUUGAAAAAAGAUGUUGUCUACAAGUUUACUGGCCCCAAUCCUACAGAAGAUUUUGAAGUUACAUAUUCUAUAGAAGAAAGAGUGAAAGUAGCUGCUUAUGCCAUUGUGCACAAAAAUUGCAGGAUAACCACUGACAAGUUUGAAGCAAUGUAUGAUAAACCGGCCCCAGAUUAUAAAACAAUUUUUGCUUGGAGGCAAAGGCUUCUGAGGACAGGGUGUUUAGAUGACUCUCACAUACAUUCUAAAAAUCAGAUUGACAAGAACAAUAAAUGUGAAACGCCACAUUUAAAAAAUCAACAGCCUAUAGCUCAAGUCAAUCCUGAAGAGAUACCUAUUAGUUCAGACAGUGAAACCGAAAAUUCUAAAACAAACCAAGUUCACAAUAACUCGCAAGCUUCAGAUAUUGUACGCAGUACUAGUGCCGAGACCUUAGUUCUUUGCAACACACAGAAAUCAUUGGGUAGUCAAGGUAGUAGUGUUACAGAGCGAGCUAUACAGGCUAGAAACCACUCAUCACCACACUGCAGAGCUAGUUCCCAUGAAUCUCAAGAUUCCCUUUAUGCCGACAGUGAUUUGGAAAAAGCUGAUAACAAUUCUUCUAAAUCAAAAACAACCCCUAUUACUUCUAAUGGUCAUAAAAAUAAGCAAUCAGUAGUUGUGUCAGAUUCAGAUUCAGUUUCUUAUGACAGUGAUUAUGUUGAUUUUUUGUCGCGGGUGUAUGGGGAAGGUCCAAAACCCAGAUCUAGGCUAAACAAAAGGCAACCACCAUUGGGAACUAAAACGGGCUGUGAGACAUUAACAAAUGACAUUCAAACCUUUAAAGGAUACUCCACUGUCAACAAAUCAGAGCAAUCUCCUUUGGCCACAGGAAAUAUCUACACAUCAAGUAUGCAAAAUAUGCGAGUGAAGAGCAAUGCCAAUUUUAUUGAUACAGAUGGUGGAUCAGCAGAGUAUGUGCCUACUAAACUAGGAUCUUCAACUAAAAAUAAUUAUCAAGAUUUUAAAAACAAUGUUAAGAAAAAAGGAUUUUGGGCAAAGGGAAACCGUGCAACAGUUCAUAAAAACAAGCAAACUCCACAGGAGGCAUGUGUAAAUAACAAUGAACCACCAGUUGAUAAAAUAUUUGCUGUAUUGCAAACUAACGUGGCAAACAUUCCUCUUCUAAAUUCUAAGGAUGACAGUAGUACAAUUGCCCUUACAAAUAAUCCUCUCGACAGUGUUCCUUAUCAGUCACCAUAUAGAGCAGACCCACAAAUAAUAGAUCCCCAUGGUGAUGACUUUACAAAUGAUGACUUUGAGCAAAUUGUCACUGCUGAUAAUUAUACUCCAUUUGAUGCCCCCAUGCAAUCGAAAGACUCUUCUGUGUUGUCGGAAAACUCGUCUCGUGUUUUUGACGUCGUGCAGUCUGAUUCGGUACAAAAGAAUAAAAGUAUAAUGGAAAUAUUUGAUGUUUUUGAUGAUCAUCCCAACCAGGAAACAAACAGUGAAAAUGAUAGUGUAAAACCAUACACUAUGGUAUGGGAUGAAGACGACGAUGCUCUGUACAAGGAUGGUGAUGAAGCAGAGGUUCCUACCAACAGUCAGAACAUUCUCCCAAAUGAAUAUGUAGCAAACACUCAAAACUUGGAAUUAGACUUAAGUCAACUUAUCCAGGAUGUUACAAAAAGUCCUCAUCAAACUACUGAAUCAUACAGACAGGAAGUAGUAUCGGAUGGAGAUUUCUUUACAAAGAAACUGGUGACACUAAGUUCAUCCUACCAAAAAGAGGACACCAGAAAAACACUGUGCCAACUGAUACAGCCACAUAUUACUAAUGACGCAAUUAUUCCUGCUAAACAAAGUAGAACACUGGAAUCACCUGAACGUAUUUCAGCAAAGAAAAUUAAUAUUAUUGAAUCUAUAACAAUUAAACCUAAAACAAGUUAUCAAAGCCACUCUUUAAUUGUAGAAAACCAAACAUAUGGAAUGAGUGGACUUGUGGCACAAGAUAAUAAGUCGCCAUUAAAAAAUAAUACAAACGACAACACUAGUACUACAUCAACACAGCCAAGUGUCAAUCUGUCAAAUUUAUUGGCAGGUAUAAAUACAGAUACACUUUUCUUAGCUCUUCAAAAUUUGCAACAGUUAGGGCAGAAGGCAUCUGACCAUGUUACUCAGCAAGCAGAGCAGGAGCGCGCUGAAGGCGAGUUGCCCGCCGCCGACCCCGUCGAGACCAUCAACUUGACCAAUGACGAAGACUGGGAAAAGGAGUCUGACAGAGAAGGGAGCAUUGAGAAACAACUAAAAAAACUGCACGGGACUACUGGUGACACUCCUUUUUUAAGCGAUAUUUUUGAUCCAGGCCCAGUAGUGAUACCGCCCAAUGUCGCAAAAAAGUUAAACAUUAAUGGAGAUGACACAUUACCUGAAACACAAGAAAAUACAUCGGUUAUAGGAAAUUUCAAGAGUUUUGCAUUACCAAAACCGAUUAUGUUAAAUAGGCUCAAAUUAACUAUAAAACAACCAGACAAGGCUCCGAAACAAUCCAUCAAUGGGGGAAGGAGAAGACGAAAAACGAAGAGCAAAGCGUCUACGGCGUCCGGCGAGGGUGGAGAGGACGCGGAGGCGGAAGCGGAGGCGGGCGCGGGCGACGAGGGCGACGAGGAGGAGUCCGGCGACGACGCCGACCUCUCCAAGUACGACUUGUGGGGCAGCGACGACGAGAAGGCGCAGUCCUCUAAAACAGAAACUACUGAAAAAGCUAAAGAUGGGGACGGAGCGGAAGCCGGAUCGGAGGCGGCGGAAAAAAAUGGCAAAUCUGAAGAAAAUAAAGCUGCUAAACGAAGAUCGCGAAGUUCGUCCUCGUCGUCGAGUUCGUCCUCCAGCUCUAGCUCGAGCCGCAGCUCCGCGGAUGCUCCCAAAAACAAGUUCGACGACUUCAACCUAAACAGCGAGCGCGAGUCGCCGCAGGCGUCGCCGCCGGGGCGCCGCUCGCGCUCGCCGCACGGCCGCGGCUCCAGCUCGCGUCGCAAGACACAUUCGCGCGACUCCAGAAGUCAUGAUUCGGGGCGCGACAAGAAGUCGCGGUCGCGGCGCGGCAGCCGGUCGCGCUCGCGCUCGCGGCCCGCGCGCAAGGAGCGCCGCUACAGCCGCGACGGCGCCGCCGGACACUACCCCGCGCGCGGAAGACAUCGUUAAAAUCACUUCUAUUUUUAAAAAUGUGGGCGCUAUACGUACUUUAUUUACUUUGCAAACUAUGUAUCAUAACCAGUUGCCCAAGGUAAUGCCUGGACAUUUGAACACUGUGAGCGGGACAGCGGUAGUGUUAGACUGAGCUACGUUGGCAGCAAUUUUGAUAGCCCAGACUAUACAAGUGUUAUUUUUAAAAAUAAGCUAAUUGCUCUUUGAAAUAGCUUGGUCUAACUCUAUGCACGUAUAGUCUAGAGUUAUCCCCCUCGUCCGCCGGAGCGUCGUGUGGAUUCGCGUGUGAUGUGAUCGCCGCAACCAUCUGGCAGGUUAAUCGACAUAAGGUUGGGCGUUUACCAAUCCGGGCAUCCAUUUAAUUAAGCUAAACAUGUACUUCUAAGUUGUGUAAACUACCGAGUAUAUUAUUAGCUAUGUUCUCAAUUGCACCUGGGGUAAUGUGCCGUAUGAACGGUUUAAGUACGAUUCGAUUAUUAUUUGCAUCUUUUUAACAUCGCGCCCUGAGAA